AUUGGAAGCGGUUGGUCGCCGCACCCAGCCCUGCACCUGCACCUCACCUCUCCAAUUCUCUCUUGCAUUCCGUUGCAGUGGCAGCUGAUGCAAGCAAGCAAGCCAGUGAAGUGAAGCCAAGUGAAGCUGCAGCUUGCAAGCAAGCAAGCCAAGUGAAGUGAAGCCAAGUGGCCAUAUGGGACUCCGACUCUCUAUGGAGUGUGAGAGCUAGCUUUUAAUUUGGCCUGCCCUGACCCUGAUACAGACUCCAAGUGGCUGUGCCUUGGCUUGAGAGCAAAUUGGAGGCGGGCAGCAGGUGGUUGGAGGAACACAGACAUAUGAACAUCACCCCGAGAAUCUCUGCAAGAAUAUGAAACUCAAGAUCGAAAGCAAAAGUGCUCCAUGCGCGUGGGCAUUUUUCAUAUUUCUUUUCUUCGUUACCUUGAUCGACAGACAGGUGGUUGGAGAAGAGACCCAUGAACCUCAGCUAAAUCUCCAAAAAGUGCAUGGAGUUGAAGCUGGAGAGAUCAUGGAAUUGACUCUAGAGCAGAUAACUCGUGACUUUAAUAAUGCUGUUUUUCAGCACCUGCUCUGCAAGACCUCACUAGCUAGGAACUAUCCUCAAGUGAAGGGGGUUAUCUUAUCUCAACACAGAAGUACAUGUGUUAGCAUGACACAUGGAUCGAAUUAAGAACGCACUUAACAAGCAUGUAUACCCCCACCUGUCUGUCCAUCCAAAACCACAUAGAGUAUGUUUCCAGAGCUAGGAAACACCAGGAGGUGAAGCAACAAGACGGAUGCAGAAACCACAAAGGAGGGAAAGGAGCGGCAAAUGCCAUGAUGGCGCCCGACCUAACCCAACCAUCUCUCUUCCUCAUCUCUUUCCUCUGUCGGUCGGUCAAACCCGCCACGGAUUCAUUGCUCGAUUAAGCAAAUCCACCUCUUGCUUUAUCUGGACCUUGCCAAUGCCUUUAAAUACUGUACAUACAUAGUUUAUUUUUUCAAAGAGAAAUUAAUGCAGAAUAGUAGCAGUGUCCAACACAGGGAGAGGCAAUAAUCAAAUUUGCAGAUCAUCAAAUGCCAUGUUGGCAGCAUCAUAUCCAGGCAGCAGCAACAAUCAGAUCAAUUCCUGGUGCCAUCUGCCAAGUACAGGGAUCAUCUGGAUCGAGAUUGAUGAUAUCAUGCCAGUCUCUCUCUACAGUGGCAUUAGCAGCUACCACUUUGUGUGCCUUUCUCUCUCUAGCCUGUAGUCUCUCCCACCAAACGUUGCCUUUCCCCAAUUUUUAAUGUUUUUUGAAAAGCGCCGAUUUUUAAUACUGGUUUUGGCCCCUCUGGCUAUAUAAACUGUCAAUCAUGCAUCCUUGGCAGCAAAGCCAAAAACACAAGCCCGGACACGACGGCAGGCCCAACCAUCUGCAGCGUUCUGCAACCUGCAGCAGCGGCAGCCAUCCAUAAAACACAACAAGCAGAGACGCCGGCCUGCCUUCCCUUCCCUUCCCUUCCCUUCUCCUUUCCGGCUCUCCCCUACAAUACAAAGGCUAUGAAGGACCGCCGAGGCAGCUCCGGCGGCGGCGACCGCUUCGCCGUCUUCCCCUUCUCCAUGGGCUGCAUGUCGCAGUCCGCCGUCUCCGUCGCCGACCCCUCCGAGAAGAAGCCGCAGAGCGACCCCUCUUCCUCCUCCUCGGCGGCCACCGCCACGACCACGGCUCAGAGUCCAGAAGAAGGUGCCGGAGAGGGUGUGAAGGAGAAGGCGGCUGCGGCGGCAGGCACGCCGGCGUCGCCGGGGCUCGUGGCGGCCGGGGUGUCGAGGCUCAUGAAGGGGAUCAAGAGCCUGUCUCUGAUGUUCGCCGGCGACGGCGACGACAGCGAAGAGGAGGACGAGGAGCGGGAGAUGGUGAUCGGGUACCCGACGGACGUGCAGCACGUGGGGCACAUCGGC